CGAGAAAGUAUGAGCGCCAAAAAAACAAGCAAGGUACGCAUUCCACGAGCCGCCCAUCAUUCGUAUACAUAAGAUCCAUGUGUACGUCUGCUCCCUCGUCUCAUGCAGAAACCUUCGCCUCGCAAGGGCGGCGUUUCAUCGCCUCGAGUGUUCCACAGGGGCUGGUCGCGCGUCAGAGAUGCCGUCUUCGGCGCCGUCACUGACGACGAGCGCAAGACGUCACUUGACUUCCUGCUCGAGAGCAGACGGAGGCAGCGACAGCAGGCAUACAGACGGGCCGGACCGGCACGUGCGGCCCCUCUCACCAAGGCAAUGGGCCUCUUGGGCUUCAUCCCGACUGACAUGAGCAUGCAGGAGCUCAACGAGGCAGGCAUCGCCGCGGAUGAGUGGCUGAAGCGGGUGCACAACAAGCUCCAGGCCGGCGGGAUGCCGUCCGCACUGAAUUAUCCGUGUCCGACCGAUUGGAAAGGCCUGAGAGGGCCGAUCCCGCGGUCCUUCUACGAGGUCCAACACCCGGUUGCACAUGUCGUCGAGCCCAAGGUGGAUGGAGAGGCGGCGACAUUCAAGCUCGUCUUCCAAUGGCUUCUGAAGAGGCUGUGCGACCAACAACGGAAAAUCGAUGUCUUGUGGGAGCUUUUCUCUGUGAGAGACGACUUGGUCGAGUCGAACGAUACCAGGACGGGGCAGCAAAGUGCCCCUGUCGACAGCUCCCAAGUCUCGGCGCAACAACAGGAGGGUUCUUUGGGAGAGAUUUCCUUCACCCUUUCGGAAUCUAUCGAGCAACCAGUUGCAAGCCAUGGAUCAGCAACCACGGGGCCGGACCUUGUGGCUCGGGGGCAGUGCAUUCUCCUGCGAAAUGUGGUACACAGCUUUCAUGAAAGCCUGCAGGGAUUGCAGAGCCAAGUCAGUAAGUGGGCACGCGCUCACCUUCUCGUGAAUGCAGGAGUGUGUCGUAUGGCUCCGCUGUCUCGUGCAUGCAGCUUCGUGUGACGAAUACGCGGAUGGACAAGGCCUCCUUCCCGCAGCUAGAGGCGCCCAAACAUGUGCGCCACAAGGAUGUGCAGACGAUGCCUGAGGACGAAGGCGAGGAGCCCCCGGAUGCCGCACGGCUGCUUUCCAAACCGGUGUGGUGAGACAUGACUUCGUGAAGGCCUCUAAUGGCCGACUGAGCGACUUUCUCUUUGUAUUCAUCAGCCCUGGUCGCUGCCUCUUUUGAAGACCCUGGAUAUCUACUCAAUCAACGAACGAGUCGGCGGAACUGCCUGCUUACAUCGUCCUCUUGUUCUCUUGUUGGUCAUUCUUCACCCUCAUUCAGUUCACUGACAUCCAGAAGGAUCAGCACGAGAUGUGUCGCGCCCUCACGGCGCACCAGCACACCAUCUUCGAGCUGGCUGACCAGGCCAAGGACUACACUGAGACAAAAGACAUGAUCAAAAGGUCAGGCAGGCGACUCGCUCCAUGUCCAUGUCUCACUCCACAUCAGCCGUAUGCGCGGGUGUGCUCAGGCUGCAGGCGAGGCAGAAUGCGACCGACGAGACAAUCAAGGCCAUGAAGGCAGAGAUCAAGAGCUUCUCAGCUCUUCAGCAGAGGAUCGAGGAGACACAGCUGGAUGUGGUCGGGAGCCAAGAGAAUUAGAUUUGCCAUGCAUCGGUGGAUGUAUGCAUAAAAGGGGGAUUGGUGUACCUUCAGGCCAAGCUUCGAUCGGAGCUCAGUGAGAGGAAAGAGGACCUUGAGCCGGUGGCAGAGAAAGCCACCAAACUGGCCAAGCAGCUCGACACAGUCCUUGAUCGACUGCAGGUAUGACUGUCUGCAUGAAGAGCCGCUAGAGAGCUUUCCCACUUGUGCCGUUUGUCGGUCUUCACAUACAUACAGGAUGUUGAGACUGACAUCGUCAAGAAAGGAGACGUCAGCAACAUGCAGAAGAAACUGGACCACCGGUAGGUAGUGGGCAGGAAGGCAUGCAAGUCUCGCUCUAUUCAUGUGGUCCCUGUGACCCCCAACAGGAUCUCUCGGUUCAAGACGGCGGCAGAGGAGACAUUCGGUAGCUCUCAACCUUUGAUUUGUCCGUUGAUUGCUCAAUUCUCUUUUGCCCGCAGGUCUUCUGGACAAGAAAGUGAUAGAGCUGUACGAGUGCUUCUCCAACGCGUUUGGCGACACGACCACGCCCCUCAUCCUUCAGAAGCCCGUCAAGACCCACCUGCACACAGACACCCCGCAGUCUGUCCGGACCCCAUCUCCCCCAGACAGCGGCCGCAUCACCGCCCAUCGGCCGAUCAGCGGUGGGGUGGAUGUGAGAAGGUCGCCUGUGGACCCGACCCUAACAACGGUCUGUGCGUCCUGUCUCAGGUACACACAUACAGGGAGUGCAGACGAAAUCAGUGUGUUCUCGAUGGCACAUAUGUGCCUAAUUGUCUCAAACGGAAGGUCAUUCGACCCCACACCCCUCCAGCCUUCUCCAUCGAUAUGCAAGCCGCUUCCCAGCAACUUCGGUAUCAUAGCCACACCCAACUUCCUCCAUCCGCCCAAGCGCGGCGAAUCACAGAGGGGCACCUCCAGAAAACACGAAGGCAGGCGAUAGUUUGUAGAGAGAACACAUACAGGCACACCGACAACGAAUGUUUGUGCUGUUGCAGAUGAUUCUGAGCAACCGAGUGAGACGGAGAUGCUGCGACCCAAAUCUCAGCCUGCAGGCAUGUCGCCUCGAUCUUUCCACCGCAUUGCAACUCCUGACUUGCGAUGCGGUGGAAUGGCUGAAUCGGGCGCCGAGAGCGAUCAAUCUAUUCCCCUUGCGCCGCCUCCCCCACCCCCCUCCUCUCUUCCCCCACAGCCCCUCUCCCCUCCAAAGGCCCUUGCCGCAGCCUUCAUCAAUGAGAACCACUGUGCCAAGUCACCGAGGGCCUUACGAGCCAAACGGCCCAACAACCGAAAGGCGACGUGGCAAGGCAAGAAGGGCGGCAUGCCUUCGGUGCCACCGAAGCAUGGCAGCACGCUGGAUGGACACCACGCCUCCUUUGAGAUGUCGAGCCUUGAGCGGUCCAUCGACACGUUCACAAUCGACGGGUUUCACUCGUCUGACGGAAGGGGGGCAGCGAAGGGAGGGCCGAAGGGGAAUGGAAAACGGAACAGAUAGACAUUGGGGGACGCGCAUUAUAGGACAAUCCAAUGUCCAUCGGAUAUGAAGCUCCC